UGGUCGAGGUGGCUUUACCACGUCAGGGACUCCUGUAUGCAGACGGAUAUCUUCGUGUAUAUCUCUGAGUUGACAAACGGUGAAUGUAGCAGUUGAACGAAUAACUAAGGUAUUAUUUAAUCUUCCUUUGUUCGGAAACUUGUUGGCCGUGUCUGGUCCAGUCGUUGCCGAGCCGACGGGGCAUCAGACGUCACCGCGCCCCCGACCCCACUGAUCUUCUUUCCUCCGAAAUCCUACAGCUACAGCUUUUCACCUGCUCGCGCGCGACCACACCAAGGAUCGUUCAUACCGCACCCCAAAGUCUUAUUCUGUUGCGAUCCUUUCCACAUUGCUCCCGAAACAAUUGCAGCCAAGUCCGACCACAGCAACAUGCCUCCGCGACGUGCCGCCGCCAGCGCGAAAGCCGAAGCAGCCAAGGACACUGUCCUCGACACCGCCAGCACUGCGACCGAGAAGGUUGUCAAGGCUGAGGAGGACGUCAAAGAUGCUCUGGCUUCUCAAGGAGAGUUUCGCGAUCCAUAUCCGGAUAUGACGAUCCGGAGACCAAAACUUCCCGCGUACGCGCAGUUUCCGCUUGCUGCAACGUUGAGCUUCGCGCUCGCAAGCACAGGCUACAGCUUGUUGGGGGAGUUUACCAAAGGAGAAUUGGCGAGCGUGAGCCGGAGCCAGGACACUUGGGGCGAGAUCGGAAUCUUGGUCAGUUGGAGACUCAUCGAGCUGGCGCUGGGCUGGUUUGGUAACAUGGACAGCAUCGAUGUUGCGGCGAUGGACCUCUUGUCGCACGGGCCUUCUCUGUAUCUCUUGACAGCUUUCUACGGUUUGAGCCCUUCGACUGGCAUGCUCUCACUCUUGGUCGACAUCACUUCCGCCGCCGUGCCAUUCUAUCUUCUACGACCCCUGUCCGCUGUUCAUUCCGGAUCCUCCAAGCUUCCCAACCGCGAGCUUGUUGGCUUUGGCCUCCAGGCCUACACGACAGCUCUGUCGACUGGAAUCUACGCCGUCACCAUUGUGCUAUCGCUUCGUCUUCUGCUGCCCCGCAUUCUCGUCAUCUACUUCUCCGGUCUCCCAACUCUCGAGCCAGCCUACUCUGCGUCCUAUGCCGCCAUUCUGCCGGUCGCACUUGCCUUUGGCGCAGCGGCCAGCAACUUUAUCUACGCGCCGUUCGCCACCACCGACAAGGUCAAGGAGGACGAGAAGAUUGGCGAGUUUGACCCCGCCACUGCGACGCUGCGCGAAACCGUCGAGUGGAACAUUGCUGGCUACACAGCCAAGACCAAGGUGAUCGUCCGCCGCACCGCGACGGCCGCGUUCGUGACGGCUUUCAACACCUACCUUGCCUGUACGAUGACUGUGUAUGGCAUCGCAUCGACAGGCGCUGCUACCUAUGCAGCCGUCUGGGUGAGCGCUGUUCUGAGCUCAGGUCUGGGCCUCGCGUACGUCGGAUCAGAGUAAGCCAGCCCAGAUGCACGGGAGCUU